CCUGUGGCUCACACAAAAAUACAUCCUGAUCAGAAACUAGGUGAAAGUGUUCAGCAACUUCUUCUAGCAAAAAUUGCAGUCUACUUAAUGACCUUCUUAAUAGUCACAGUGGCAUGGGCAGCUCAUGUAAGGUUGUUUCAGGUGAUAGAGCUUAUAGAUGAUGUCCUUGCUCUUCUAAAUCUGGCAUGUAUGAUGAUCAUAACUUUCUUGCCAUACACAUUUUCCUUAAUGGCUUCCUUUCCAGAGGUACCUUUUGGCAUUUUCCUGUUCAGUGUCUGUGCUGUUGUCAUUGGCCUUAUACAGGCUGUGAUAGUAGCAUAUGGCUUCUAUCACCCACACUUACUGAAUCAACAGAUACAGGUGUCUGAAAAUCAGAAUUUCUAUAAACGUCAUAUCUUAAAGAUUAUCCUAAGAGGACCGAUUUUAUGCUUUUUAGCAGCCAUCUGCUCUUUUUUCUUUAUUCCAUUGUCUUAUGUACUUCUUGGGCUCGUAAUCGUUUUUCCGCACCUCACUCGAUUCAUUACGUGGUGUAAAACUAAGAUUGUUGGUCAUAGAGAUGAAGAGGAGGAACACCAUAGCUUAGAAACCUUCACUUUUUACCUCAGUGAGCCUCUGAGUAAGGAACGAGUUGAAGGAUUCAGUGACGGAGUCUAUGCUAUUGUAGCAACCCUGCUUAUUUUGGAUAUAUGUGAAGACAACGUCCCUGAUCCCAGAGAAGUUGAGAAGAAAUUCCAUGGCAGCCUUCUUGAAGCUUUAAGUGAAUAUGGGCCAAACUACCUUGCCUACUUUGGCUCAUUUGUAACCAUCGGUCUCCUGUGGUUUGUCCAUCACUCACUUUUCCUUUACGUUACAAAAGCUACACGAUUAAUGGGACUGCUUAACAUACUUUCAUUGGCUUUCAUUGGUGGGCUUCCACUAGCUUACCAGCUGACCAGUGAGUUUGCAGAGAAGUCUCACAAUGAAAUAGAAGCCAUUCAGGUCAGCUGUGUUAUCACUUUCUUUGCCAGCAUAUUUCAGUUUGCAAUAUGGACUACAGCCCUCCUCCAUGAAAGGGAAACUUUGCAUCCUUUUGCUAGAUAUGGUGGCAAGGAGCAUGCCUUCAUGUUUGCCAAGCUGGCUCUCUACCCCUGUGUAAGCCUUGGGGUCUUCUUUCUAACAUGCUUAUUAAGUGAAUUUAGCACAGCAAUUUUCCAUCUUAUGCAGAUUGUAAUCCCGUUUGCUUUUCUUGCCUUGCGCAUUUUUGUUAGAAUUUCUUUAACUGUCCUAAGGUCCAUGAUAUCUCUCUCCAGACGGAAGGUAGUAUUGUUAGAAGAAGAGGAGGCAUGUUUGUCUCCUACUGAAACACUGUCCUAAAUUUCUGUGCAGUGCAUGUGAAGUUAGAACAUUAACUUCAGUUCUUCUGACUCACAUUAUCUUCAUGUUUGGACUAUACUGACCUAAACUAAAGCCUUCAUUGUCCAUAACUGGGGCAUAUUU